ACUUGCAGUGGCAAAUCAGCCCCUCUCUUAACCCUUCUGUUAACAUUUAACAGUCUGCUCAUCAGCCCUUCCUCUGUGUCUGAUGUGGCCUUCUUUUUGCUGAGAUGGAUGCUGAGGUGGAGGCACAGCUGGACAAAUACUUCAAAAUCAGCAGAUUACACAAAUUACUUUUAUACCCUUAAGGUGUUUAAGGAAUAAAAUUGGGGAUAUGGGGAUUUGGGGAUUUAGGGAUCAGCUUCUAUCAUCUUUGUCUUCUUCCCUUCUUCGUCUUUGUUUAGCAAGAUCUGCAAUUCAUCGAGCAUGGGGUUUUUCGUCAAGUUUUGAAUCGUCUGUCAAAUUACCAUAUUUUAAGGAUAUCUAGGUUUUUAUUUUGUUUAGCAGCUUCUAUCAUCUUCUUCCCCUCUUCGUCUUUUAAAAAUUGAACCUUUUUUUAGCAAGAUUGUCGGCGGCCUCGAUGCGAUUUUUUAGUAGACUCAUUUCAACGGUGACGAUGAACGCCCAGACCCAUGAAAUAAUCGGAUCUUUGAUUGCGAUUGGAGGCACGGAUAGGUUAGGUUCCCUAGAGGCGCAGCCGAUGUUUGGGUCGAAGAGGCUUAGCAACCAGUUCAUAUCGACAAUUGAAGAUUCCAAAAGUGCAAAGCUUCUGGGGAAAUCGAUUGCGUGCUUGCUGGUGACAAACCGGCGAAAAAGGGUGCAUCGCUUGCACUUCCGGACAAGGGUCAAUGCGCGCUCAAGGUUUUUGGAGACUUCAGUGACUAUGCGGACAAUUGGCCGGUCGUAUAAGGGCGGAGAAGCAGCAGAGAUGCAGCCGACCAGAUCAUGAAGCAUCGGCCUCAAGCAACCCACUAAAUUCCCAACGUGGACGCACUCCAUCUCGAACAAGUUAGACUCUGCAACUGCUGAGUUAACUCGUCUUCCAACUCGUUCAGCCAUCAAAAUCUUUUCCAACACCACCAUCUCCUCCUCCUCUAGGUUUACCUGUAUCACCAGAUUUAUAAUAUGCUGAUUUUGAGGUAUUUGUCCAGCCGUGCCUCCACCUCAGCAUCCAUCUCAGCAAAAAGGUCACGUCAGACACAGAGGAAGGGCCGAUGAGCAGACUGUUAAAUGUUAACGGAAGGGUUAAGAGAGGGGCUGAUUUGCCACUGCAAGUGAGUUGAGGGGUUGAUUUGCGCGUGAAGUGUGUUGAGGGGUGAUUUGCUACCAGUUGUUGAAUUUAGGGGGUGAUCUGCACCUUUUGCCUGGUGCAGCUCUCCCUUCUUUUCAUUUGCUGCUACCAACUCCAACAUUAUACAAGUCAAAGAACCCAUUCCACAAGGCAUUUUUCUAUUGCAAGUCAUUGCUAAAAGAAAAGAUGGGAAUAAAG